AUGUUGAUUUUAUUGGCAUUCAAAAAUCAGAAAUCUAUCUAUCUAUCUAUCUAUCUAUCUAUCUAUCUAUCUAUCUAUCUAAGCACUUGUACCUACCUCUAUCAGGCUUCUCAUAUUAGUUUCUGGAAUCCAAAAUGUGCUUAUCUAUCUAUCUAUCUAUCUAUCUAUCUAUCUAUCUAUCUAUCUAUCUAUCUAUCUGCGGGCAUAAAAAGAAUUGAAAGUUCACUGGCAGGAUUCAAUGAGCAGAAUCUAUCUCAGUCUGUUCAUAUCUAUCUAUCUAUCUAUCUAUCUAUCUAUCUAUCUAUCUAUCUAUCUAUUAGGCAUACAGAUACCCAAUUCCACGGGGUGACGAAUUAUCACAAGCCCCGUUACAAAGUAUUAGCAUGCGUAUUGAUUGUAAAUGUUACCGUUCAAAAAUAUUGCAUCUAUCUAUCUAUCUAUCUAUCUAUCUAUCUAUCUAUCUAUCUAUCUAUCUAUAUGCGGGAGUCUGUUUCAUAA